GAUGAGUGGGGGCAUAGUACAGAGCUAACGCUUCGUGACUCCCGUACAGUAUUAGUUCAUUGCAAGCGCCUACACAUGCAAAUGCAAACUACAAAAAAUAUUACAAGUAACAGAAGGUAAAAUAAUGUGUUAUAAGAGUUAUAACAACAGGUUCUCUGUUAAACGAGAAAGGGAGUAUUAUGAUGAAAAAUAUCAAUGCGUUCCUGAGGAAGAAACGAGGCAUGUUGAGGUGGUGUAUACGUCAUCACCUCCACAUCGCACGGAUAUAAGUAAUGGAAUCGAAAGAUUGCAAUAUAAGUACUCGGCCAACACAGCACUCGGCGAAGACACGAAAUGCCAACAAAGCCAUAUAAGCCAACCGUACGAGCUGUAUGUCCCAACACAAGCAAAACAGUUCACACCAAUUAUCUAUGAAGAUUCAAAUUCACAGGACUCGUGCAAUUACUAUGAAACAAACGUGACUACAGAUGAAGACUUGUACGCUUAUACAAAAAAUGGAGGCCCCAUCUUCGACGAAUUUGAUGAUAAACGAUCAAGAAAACGUUUGAAAUCAUCUAGAAAAAUACUACAAUCUGGCGAAGACAUGCAAAUACAACGAGUUAUGGCAAAUAUUCGGGAAAGACAGCGAACUCAGAGUUUGAACGAGGCUUUCGAAAGUUUGAGACAAAUAAUACCAUCCUUGCCGAGCGAUAAAUUAUCUAAAUUACAGACCUUGCAAUUAGCGACUCAGUACAUCGAAUUUCUUUAUGAGAUUUUGUCAAGCAGUGAAGCAACUUCGAGCGAUGUUGAUACAAACAAAAACCAGGGUAAAUACUUGGCGCUGGACAAAUCGAGUUAUGCUUUCUCCAUGUGGCGAGUGGAAGGUCAAUGGAACAAAAAACAAACGUGACGCAUUCAUAUUUAUACAUUAAUUUAUAUAAAAAGGAUUGUGAUAAUAACUUUAAGCUAAAUAAACAAUGACUUAAAGUAGGUAUUAUUUGUUUGUAAACUAGGUAUUAAAGUUAACUGAUUUUAAGUAGAAUAGUUUCAGCAAACUAGUGAUUACAUGUCAUAGCCUAUGUGUACCCCUACAGGGAUUGUAAAAAUUGUUUUUUGGUGCAAAUAGAAAAACUUAAAAAACAUAAGAA